UCACAUAGGGUCAUCCCAAUGCCAUCGGUGUGACCGCCAGGAUCUUGUGCAGUAUCAAUCGAUCUGAGGCAGCGAAUACUGAACCAAUCCUGGCCUGAACCAUACGACCUAUUAGACCUGGACAGGUUCCCGCGAUGUACUAUAUCCUCUAUCUUGCCAGUCUCUGCCGACGGCGCCGCUGGCCGGAACCUCUCUACGAAUCAUAUAGCGGCGCUACCGGGUAUACGUGCAUUGUCCGAGUCAACAAUCGCGAGUACCAGACGGACGCCGUCUAUGAGUCGGACACCCUGGCUCGGGAAAAUGCAGCGAUGCGGGCCUACCUGAUUUGCCGCAACUUUUCCGUCAACGACGGCAUGUACCCUGCCGGGUACGACCACGGCGGUGUCAUCCAGGGCAUUCCGGUCGCUAUUGGCACCGGACGCAAAGUCCGGUAUGGGGUGGACGACGCGGACACCUCGACCAGUGGAGAGAGCCGAAGCAGUGGCGGCAGCAGCAGCCCGGAGAGCUAUGGAGGGGAUUGCGAUCGGCAAGCGGCAAUGAGCCCGUCUCGAGCGUUGACGUUUAGUCGGUAGGUUGCUUCUCGAGUGAGAAGCGAGGGAGCGAGGGGAUUGAUGAGAUGAGGCGGGGGAAGCUGAGGUCUAGGCGCACACUGGCCGUGCCGAUACCAAGUAAUAAGCUUGUUCGUGCCUUGGCUUAACUUACAAGAGUUAAGUCAGAGGGACAAGAUGAGAUGAGAUGGAGAUCGGCUUGGCUUUUGAUGACGAUG